UACGGGCUGCAUCGAUCGGAGGGCAUUUGGGAGCAUCAGCCGCUAGGAGAAGGAACUCACUCACUCGUAGAUAUGUCGUUGGUAGCAAAUGAAGAUUUCCAGCAUAUUCUUCGUGUACAGAACACGAAUGUUGAUGGAAAGCAAAAGAUCAUGUUUGCUAUGACUUCGAUCAAGGGUAUCGGUCGUCGUUUCGCUAACAUUGUCUGCAAAAAGGCUGAUGUUGAUAUGAACAAGAGAGCCGGAGAAUUAUCGAAUGCAGAGAUUGAUAAUCUGAUGACGAUUGUUGCAAAUCCCCGACAAUUCAAAAUCCCAGAUUGGUUUCUUAACAGAAAGAAGGACUACAAGGAUGGGAAGUACUCUCAAGUCACAUCUAAUGCCCUUGACAUGAAGCUCAGAGAUGAUCUCGAACGAUUGAAGAAGAUCAGGAACCAUCGUGGUCUUCGUCAUUACUGGGGUCUGCGAGUACGUGGACAACACACCAAGACCACCGGUCGCAGGGGAAAGACCGUUGGUGUGUCCAAGAAGCGAUAAAUGUUUUUGUGUUUUGGUCUUAAAUCCUUGAGAUUUAGAAUUUGGGGUAAGUUAUGGUUUGGUUGUACUUUUUUGGAUCUUGAUGUGUUGUAGGGGAUUCUAAACUGAGUUUUAUUUACAUUUUGUGAGAGUUGAUAUUGCAUAUUUUUUGGAUCAUGAUAAUGAGUUCAGCAUCUCUGUUUUAA